UCCCCACCAUUGUUAAAUCUUCCCUUCAUAUUCUUAUCUUUUACUUUCAGAGCCCUUAAUAGAGUUACUUUGAAGAUGUUGAUAUUCAAAUUCAAUGCCAUUAAGAGCAACACCCUCUCUCAACUUCAUAAGAUUUUUGCAGUCUGGACUUGCUUUGCCCAAAAAAUUGAAGGGUGACAAAUUCACCAAAGCAAUACUGGCUUUUGCCUUGCCCUGCUUGUUGCUGAUGAUUCAACCAGUACAAGGGGCUGCCAAAACCCCAACAUUACAGUAUGGAACAUUUGAGAGGAGCAAUAAUGCUCUUUCGACACACUCUCCACCUGUUAAUGACCCGACAAAGGGUUGCAAUGUUGAAAACGGUUGUCGACAGUUUACUCUGAGUCUUGAAAACCGCCGAGGAACUCCAGUUGAAGCUGUUGCCAAUGUUACGAUGGCAGAAGGAACUUUGAACCACAGAGAGCUAGGUACCGAGGCCAUAGCUGCUGGGAUUGCCACUUGGUUCUCGAACAAGACUGAGUCCAAUAGCAAUACAUAUGGUGGUGGGGAAGAGGGAGAGGGAUGGGAAAGCAGUGAUAGGAGGAUGAAAAAUGGUAGCUCCAUUAAGUUUGUAACAGAAAACAGUAGCUAUGUUACGUCUGUAACGGAAAAGGGUUAUUGGUGAUUGUUUUGUUAUUUUUCGAAAGUUGAGUAACUGAAUUGAAACCUGAGUAACUAUUUUGUCAGGUACCAAAAAAUUGAGUGACUGUUGGUGUAAUUUACCCCAUUUUAUAUUAAUAAAUGAGAAAUUAUUUGGUAUAUUAA